UUCUUCUCCCUUUCACAAAACUUGGAGAAUUGGUGGAAACUUCGAUUGCCUGUUGGAAAUGACGAGUAACCAAUUGCGUCACUUAUCUAAAGUGUUUCAGACUUUUACAGAGAAACAAUUUUCUUCCAGUGUUUCCAAGUUUCAGCUACCCGAUCUACCCUACGAUUACGGUGAGUUGGAACCAUAUAUUAGUGCAGAAAUCAUGCGACUUCACCAUCAAAAACACCACCAAACUUAUGUGAACAAUCUUAACGCUGCGUUGGAAAAGAUCCAUAAAGCAGAAGAAGCCGGUAACGUAGGAGAUAUGAUUGCACUACAAAAGAUGCUCAAAUUCAAUGGAGGUGGUCAUGUCAACCACUCCAUUCUGUGGCAUAAUUUGGCACCAGUGAAUAAAGGUGGAGGUACUCGUCCAGACGGUGCAUUCUUAAAAGCGGUAGAAAAGGAGUUUGGCUCCUUGGACGCUCUUAUUUCUAGUCUUUCUACUACUGCCAUCGGAGUCGAAGGAUCUGGUUGGGGUUGGUUGGGAUUAGAUCCAAACUCGAAGAAACUGAAAUUGGAACAAUGUCAGAACCAGGAUCCACUGUCAACUAAGAACUUGAUACCGCUAUUGGGAGUGGAUGUAUGGGAACAUUCGUACUAUCUUCAAUAUAAGAAUGAUAGAGCGACCUAUGUAAAGAAUGUAUGGAAUGUUGUCAAUUGGAAAGAUGUUGCAAGUAGAUAUGAAAAAGCAAUAGCCUAAAAUUGGUUUGACUUGUUCUUUUGAACAAAUAUCGUCCGUAUAAAAUGUUGAAAGAGUGCUCUUUUUUGUGUGAUCAUGCCUGCCAAAAUUAUUUAAUUAC